GUCGUCCUUUUUUUGCGUACACGCGGUGUUUCUGCUUCUUUCCGGUUCAGGCCAUCAUCAUGGCGAAGAUAAAGGCCAGAGAUCUGCGGGGGAAGAAGAAAGAGGAGCUGCUGAAGCAGUUGGACGACCUGAAGAACGAGCUCUCUCAACUCAGGGUGGCUAAAGUCACCGGAGGAGCCGCGUCCAAGCUCUCUAAGAUACGUGUCGUCCGCAAAUCCAUUGCCAGAGUGUUGACUGUCAUCAACCAGACGCAGAAGGAAAACCUGAGGAAAUUCUACAAGGGGAAGAAGUACAAGCCCCUGGAUUUGAGACCCAAGAAGACCAGAGCGCUGCGCCGCCGGCUCAACAAGCAUGAAGAGAGUCUGCGCACCAAGAAGCAGCAGAGGAAAGACCUGCUUUACUCCAUCCGCAAGUUUGCAGUCAAAGCUUAGA